AUGCCCAGCCAACACCAGAGGAGAGGGCUACAUGGGAGAGUGUACAGUUGGUACUGAAUGAGGGACAGUCUAUAUUGGAGAGCGUUCAGGGCUAUCAGGGAGCUUCAGAGUCAAUACGACAGGCGAUAUCCAAUCCCAACAACGAAGAAUUACAGGAAAAGGCUUGGGAGGCCGUCUGUCCCCUAGUGGAAAAACUCAAAACUUUCUUUGAAUUUAGUGCACAGCUAGAACAUGUGGUACCAGUGUUACUAUCAGAUCUCUGCUCCAAUGAUAUGCUUCCCCUGGAACACCUCGAGUCACAACAAGCAUUAUUCAAACAGUUCGCUGAAAUACUAGACUUUGUCCUUAGAUUUGAUGACUUAAAAAUGACAAACCCAUCAAUACAGAAUGACUUCAGUUACUACAGAAGAACUCUCAGUCGAAUGAAGAUGGUAAAUGAGGAUGAUAACCACAGUGAAAAUGUGGUGUCUAAUGAGAUGGCUAACAGGAUGUCUCUGUUCUAUGCCAAUGCCACACCUAUGCUUAAAGUGUUGAGUGAUGCCACCACCAAGUUUGUCACCCACAACAAGGAGCUCCCAGUAGAAAAUACCACAGAAUGUCUGGGAGCUAUGGCCAAUAUCUGUAGGGUCAUGAUAGAAAACCCAGAAUUCAAUGCACGAUUCCAGAAUGCUGACACACGGAUGUUCUGUAUGCGGGUGAUGGUGGGCGUGAUCAUCCUGUAUGACCACGUACAUCCUAUAGGAGCAUUUGCCAAAAAUUCCUUAAUAGAUGUGAGAGCUUCGAUUAAAGUAUUAAAAGAACAACACAUAGGCAGAGUAGAUGGAUUAUUAAAUGCUUUAAGAUACACAACCACUCAUCUAAAUGAUGAAUCAACGCCAAAGGCUAUAAAGCAGAUAUUGGCAGAAUGAGGUCAAAGAAUUGUGACUUUUGACUAGAUCUCUGUGUUUAAACACAGACUACAUACAGAACCAUAAAAACUGAUACUGGCAGAAUGAGGCCAGAGGAUUGUGACUUUUGACUAGGAUCUCUGUGUUUAAACACAGACUACAGAACCAUGACAUGUGGUCCAGUUGUAGGAAGUUAUUUAGUGCUCCGUAAACAUUAUUAUGUGAUGUAAACUUAUAGUAAAAACUUAUAAUGGGAUUUGUGGACUGACCAAUACUAUGGUCAGCAAGGUUCAGAGUGCUGGUCACAAGUGCUUUUCUGAGUACUUUUGUUGAGUGUGCAGGGUCGUGAUGGGUCAUCAUUAACUCAUCGUUUCAGCUAGAUACAUUGUACAGUGAAUCUUUGUUAGCCCACACUGGUUUCCAAAAUACGGUCAUAUGAUCAAAUUUCCACAUUUGAGAAUCUAGGAUGAGCUGAUUGACAAAAAUUGUUACCUAUGUCAUCUAAUGAUGUAUACAUUAAAAGAGUGUUAGAUUACCAAGCUUAGAGAGUUCAGCUGAUAAUCAGAGUGAGAUAUUAACAAAGUUCCAUGGUACAAGAACAUCACCAGUAAUGAGUCCCAUCACAAAUUAUAUGCUUGACAAAUGUUCUUAUAUGUAAGAAACAGUUAAUUGAAAUAAUGCACAGAAUCUACCAGACAAUGUUGAUAAGCUGAACAGAAAUGGCAGCAGAGUCUCAGAGACAGUUGAUCAUUCCACUAGGCUAGUUGGAUUUUUUUUUCUUCACAAAACAAAUCUCAUAAUUAUUGUAUAAAAUCAUCAGUUUAUAUUUACCAUUGAAAUUUUACUUUGAAUGCUAAAUUUGGAUCAUAGCAAUAUGUCUGAGAUGUAUAUACAUGUACAAAUGUACUUGUUUUCUUGAAAAUUAAUUACAAGCUGUUGUAAAAUCCCAUCUGUAAAUGUAGUAAAUUGUUUAGCUGCUUUUUCUCUUCAAAAUAAUAAUGAAAAGUGCCAAUACCUCGUUCCUCUGUUGGUGUUUCCUCUCAUAGUGACUAAAAUGGUUUUCCUCACAAAGCCAAUGGAAUAGAUUUUGAAAUAGCAUUGAUUCACUAUUGUCAUUUUGUUAAAACAAAAAUUAAUAUUGCUGUGCCACUAGGAAGUAAUUGUAUUUCUACAUUGUAUUUACAGUAAUUGUACACAACUCCAGUUUUGCAUCCACACAAUACUGUAUAAUAGCUUUAUUUCAAACAAAUUUCAUUAGUUGAUGUCAAAACCAGGAAAUCUAGUUAUAGCCACUACAUGUUAUAGUUUUUAUCAUUUAAGAGCAAGAACUCUAAAUAUUUAGUGUUAUACUUCCUCAUUCAAAAUUUGUCAUUUAAAUAUUUGCUAUGCAAUCUUGUGGUGUAAAAUAUUGAAAAUUAGACACAGGCAAACAAAACAUUAUUAGGUAUUAGGCUAAUAGAAGUGGGUAAAACCUAUACAGAGAUUAAUACAAAUGACUAUCCAUAGUGUUGAUAUUAUAAGUAGUACAGAACCAUUUAAAAGUACUGUGGUUCUUUCUGUUGAGUCCAAUAACACGAUCACGCCUUCUCUCAGACUUCAAUAUACUUUGUAUCUAGAGCUUAUUUAUCAAUUUUGUAUAGUGUCAAAAAAAAAGUAAGAGAGCAAAUAUUUGUUUUGAUUCGACAUGGAAUGUGUGAGUGUUAUUGAAAUAGGGUGUUAAUUGGAGGAAGACUGACCAAACAAGAGAUGCUAGCAUAGAGGUGGUAGAUGAAAAAAGAAGUAAAUAUGGGGGGUAAACUGUACAGGCAGUGGGUCUUUAGCCUAGUUUGGUGUGAAGGAUACCAAACUGUCAGAGUACAGGCAGUAGGUCUUUAGCCUGGCUUGAUGUGUAAAAGACCAAACUGUCAGAGUACAGGCAGUAGGUCUUUAGCCUGG